UGGAGUUUUCCGGGAGAGAUGUGUUGAUGUGGCUGGAUUCCUAAGUCUGUUGCUAAAGUUGAACAGUAAACAAACUUGAUGGAUACCUCCGGUAAAGAAAAAGAGGCCUUGGCCCUCAUGGCAGAAGCCGAAAAGAAAGUAAAAUCCUCGCAGUCUUUCCUUGGCUCUCUGUUUGGGGGCUCUUCAAAGAUGGAGGAUGCUUGUGACAUGUAUGCUAGGGCAGCGAACAUGUUCAAGAUGGCCAAGAACUGGAGUGCUGCAGGUAAUGCCUUCUCUCAGGCGGCUCUCCUGCACCUGCAGAUGCAGAGUAAACAUGAUGCGGCCACAAGCUUUAUAGAUGCCGGCAAUGCCUUUAAAAAAUCAGAUCCUCAAGAGGCCAUAAACUGCCUGAACAGAGCCAUUGAAAUUUAUACAGACAUGGGGAGAUUUACCAUUGCAGCAAAGCACCACAUCACCAUUGCUGAGAUUUAUGAGACCGAACUGGUUGACAUUGACAAGGCUAUAGCUCAUUAUGAACAGGCAGCUGAUUAUUAUAAAGGAGAGGAGUCAACCAGUUCAGCCAACAAGUGUCUGCUCAAAGUUGCCACCUACGCCGCUCAACUGGAGCAAUACCCCAAAGCAAUUGAGAUCUAUGAACAGGUCGCAACACAUGCAAUGGACAGUAAUCUGCUGAAAUACAGUGCAAAGGACUAUUUCUUUAAAGCAGCGCUCUGCCACUUCUGUGUGGACAUGCUUAAUGCUCAGCUUGCCCUCCAGAAGUAUGAGGAAAUGUUUCCGGCUUUUUCAGACUCACGUGAAUGCAAACUGGUGAAGAAACUUUUAGACGCUUUUGAGGAACAGAAUGUGGAUGCAUAUACCGAUGCUGUGAAGGAAUAUGACACCAUCUCAAGACUGGAUCAGUGGCUUACUACAAUGCUGCUUCGUAUCAAGAAAACCAUACAGGAAGAUGAAAGUGACCUUCGCUAAAACCCUCUUUCUUAUCUCUUGCCAAGUUUUUUAUUUGUUUCCACUCCCUCUCGCUCAUGCAUUUAACGCGACCUGGUGUGAUCACAGUUUUGAUGGUAGACCAUUUCCCUUUCACCUCGUGAAACCUUUACCACCAGCUCUCAGUGCCUUAACACCAAUGCUUUUUCUCAGACACCUCUCUGUCUUUUAUGACGUGACAUGCUGCUCAGUCGUGGACGCGAUUGUGCCUUCAGACCCCAGCAAACACUAAAUAAAUAUAUAAGGCUGGUUGAUUAAAUGGGAUUUUCAGAUGUUGCAUGAGAACUGAAAACAGUAAUACUAUGAUGUGCACACCAUGCUUCAGAAGGGGAGCCAAAGCCUCGUCCGCUCUGUUUGAUAUAGAGCACCUGUAUUAAAAAUAAAUGCCCUCAUUUGUACUAUUAUUCUCUUUUGUAGUGGCACAUAUGUUUCUAUUCCUAUCAGAAAUGCCACACUUUGUAUAUCUGCAUAUUUUGCUUGCUGUUUCCUGCGUUAACUUACUGAAUGAUGAAAAUGAUUUAAAUACUGAUCUUGUCAUGUUUUUAUUUGGAAAUAAUUAUAAGAUAUAAGUAAAAAGAUGACUCAAACAAUACGGAUAUAACAGGAUGACGCAUCAGUGUGAAUUUUGUUACCUUGUCAACCAUCAAAAAAAAAAAAAUAUAUAUAUAUAUAU